AUGAAUUUAAGUAGGGUGAAGCUGUUGCAUAAUGUUAAUUGCUCGCAUCUCUCACUCUUCCAUGUUCGAAAACCACCAAUUUUUCUACGAUUCGGGACCAACAUCUCUUCUCCAUUGUCGAUUCGAUUGCAUUCACACUUCCCAUACGGGAACACCAAACUUUCUCUCAAAUGUGCACCGUUAAACUCUUCGGAUUCCCUCGCACCCGAUCCGCUCCCCAUUCACCCUUCCGACCCGACGACCCAUAUGGUGAAUCAAAAUUCAAUGUCUAUUCUGAAGAUUCUGAAGCAAUCAAAUUCAUUUCUGCCUCAUGCAGUCCUUGCUAGUACACUGCUAGCUCUAAUCUUCCCACCUUCUUUAACAUGGUUUACUAGCAGAUACUAUGCACCUGCCCUAGGUUUUUUAAUGUUUGCAGUUGGGGUUAAUUCAAGUGAAAAGGACUUCCUUGAGGCAUUUAACAGGCCAGCAGAAAUUGCCACUGGUUAUGUUGGCCAGUUUGUUGUGAAGCCUCUUCUUGGAUAUCUGUUUUGCAUAAUUUCAGCGACUGUAUUUGGUCUACCGACAGCAAUAGGCGCAGGAAUGGUAUUGGUAGCUUGUGUUAGUGGAGCCCAGCUCUCAAAUUAUGCUACUUUUCUAACAGACCCCCAGAUGGCACCAUUAAGCAUAGUUAUGACAUCGCUGUCCACUGCUUCUGCGGUUUUUGUCACGCCACUCUUGUUACUGUUGCUCAUUGGGAAAAGACUGCCUGUAGAUGUAAAAGGAAUGGUGUUUAGCAUUUCACAGAUUGUGGUGGCACCUAUUACAGUUGGCCUGCUUCUAAACUGCUUCUUUCCCCAUAUUCGUAAUGCUAUUCGACCAUUUUUGCCUCCACUAUCGGUAUUGGUUGCAGCUAUUUGUGCUGGAGCACCAGUGGCUAUUAACAUUGAGUCUAUUUAUUCCCCCUUUGGCGUUGCUAUCCUUUUUCUUGUUGUUGCUUUUCAUUUGUCAUCUUUUAUAGCUGGUUAUAUCUUAAGUGGAUUUGUCUUGCGUGAUUCUCCUGAUGUGAAGGCACUACAACGAACAAUUUCCUUAGAGACAGGAAUGCAAAGUGGCCUCCUUGCCCUGGCUCUUGCUAAUAAGUUCUUCGAAGAUCCAGUAGUGGGUAUGCCUCCUGCAGUUUCUACUGCAAUUAUGGCUUUGAUGGGAUUUGGUCUUGUCCUGAUUUGGGCCAAAGGAGGAAAUAAUGAGACAAACACAGCGCCUGAAAGUGAUGGCGGCAACUCUAGCGAUGACGAAAGCUACAACAGUGAUGGCACUGGCAGCUCUGCUGGUGGCCGUGAUUUAAAGUGA